ACUUGAGUUGACGCUAGCUGAACCUCUUCCUCGAUGCAGCAGUUAAAACACUAAUCUCUUGCUCAAUCGGCACUGAUCAUUUGACGCUCUCACACGAUGACUGACUUGAAUCAUCUCUUCAUUUCUCUCCUCCUCCUAGUACUUGUGUCACUCACUCUCUGCUCAUCAGCAACAGCCCACCAAAACGAACAAGAUACUCCCAUAACUAGAUUCCAACGCUACCUAAGAAUCAAAACAGCUCACCCUACUCCAGAUUACACUUCUGCCAUCAAUUUCUUAACUCAACAAGCUCAAUCCAUCCCCAAUCUCCAAAUUAAAACUCUCUCUUUCUCAUCUUCUCCACAUCACAUCAAACCCCUCCUCCUCUUGACUCUCCCUGGCUCAAACCCUUCUCUACCUUCCAUUCUAUUCAAUUCCCACAUCGAUUCCGUCCCUGCUGAGCCCGACAAGUGGAUUCACGACCCUUUCGCCGCCACUUUGACACCGGAGGGCAAGAUUUAUGCCCGGGGAGCACAAGAUGAUAAGUGCAUUGGGAUGCAAUACUUGGAAAGUCUCAGGAAUAUUCAAAAAGAUCCGAACUUUAAGAUGCCCAUCAGGACUAUUCAUGUCAGUUAUGUUCCUGAUGAGGAGAUUGGUGGGUUUGAUGGGAUGAUGAAGUUUGUGGAGUCUAAAGAGUUUAAGGAUCUGAAUAUUGGGUUCAUGUUGGAUGAGGGCCAGACUUCGAUUAAUGAUGAGUUUAGAGUGUUUUAUGCUGAUAGAGCACCUUGGAAUUUGGUGAUCAAGGCCAAAGGGAAUCCCGGUCAUGGGUCUAAGUUGUUCGAUAAUAGUGCUAUGGAGAAUUUGAUGAAGAGUGUGGAGCUUAUGACCAAAUUUAGGGAAUAUCAGUUUGAUUUGGUUAAGGAUGGAUUGAAGAUGACUUCUGAAGUUAUUUCGGUGAAUCCUGUUUAUUUGAAAGCGGGUACUCCUUCCCCAACUGGAUUUGUGAUGAAUAUGCAACCAUCUGAGGCAGAAGCAGGGUUCGAUGUACGAUUACCACCAACAGCUGAUUCGGAUAUGUUAAAGAGAAGGAUUACUGAGGAAUGGGCACCAGCCAUUAGGAAUAUGACAUACGAGAUAACUCACAAAGGGCCGUUGAGAGAUUAUACUGGUCGACCAUUAGUUACACCCACAAAUAGUUCCAAUCCUUGGUGGUCUGUUUUUGAGCAAGCUGUCAUAGCAGCUGGUGGCAAACUAGCAAAACCAGAAAUUUUAGCUUCUACUACAGAUGCUAAAUACCUGAGGCAGAUAGGCAUCCCCACUUUUGGUUUCUCCCCAAUGAAGAACACACCCAUCUUACUUCAUGACCAUAAUGAGUACUUGGAGGCUUCUGUGUAUUUGGAAGGAAUUAAGGUAUAUGAAUCGAUUAUGAAAGCAUUGAGUUCGUUCGAAGGGGUUACUGAAAAUGCAAUAUCCAGAGAAUCUUGAUUACAGGUUUGGUUACACUUGACUUAUAUGUCACAUUUGUAAUUUCAUUAGUGAUAUCACUUCUAUGGAAACUCUACUUGUAAUUGAAAGUAAUAGAGUGUUAUAAUAUUUGAUUGUCAAUUGUAUUAGCAUACAGUGAAUUCAGUUGUAUCGGGUACCGACGCUCAAUGGAUGUUGGGGAUGAAGGGGUUUUUUCCUUGUUCUUGGUGAAACAGUGAAGUUGGCUUGGUGAGCUUCCUAAAGCUUUCCUUUGGUUUUAUGCAUUAUGGAGAUAUAAGAUACUAUGUGUUCAUCUUAA